UAUUUGCUCUCUAGUGUUUCUCUUCCUUAUACUUUAUUUCUUAUUACGAAUCGUUUUAUUUCUUAAAGUUAUCCAGUAAUCUAUCAAAUGGCUUACUUUUCUUCCAUUUAUAUGUCAAAUCUACCUACCUAUAUUUAAUUUCUUAUUACGAAUAUUCAUGAUCAGAAGUCGAGUUACCUGCCAUGCUCACUUCCACUGUGAAUUGAGUUUUCUCUCACCCUCAAAUCCUCUGAUCUACUGACAGUCUCCUUUAGUAAACUCGACAACUGAUAGAUUCUUACCAAACCAGAGGAUGAAGGAGAACAGUAAAUACGGAGAAAGGAAGUGUGGUAUGUUUCUUGAUCUUUUUUACCACGACUGUAACAUUAAUUCAUGCGCUAACUCAAAAUCUUCUCUCCUAGAUCUGAUAAGCAAAUGAGAGAAACACGUCGCUGUUAUCUACAAACUUGAGUCACACAAAGUCCCAUUUUCCUUGGUGACCAAAGAAAACGUAGCCUAUACAGUAACCAUGGAAACUGUAAACACGGGCAGUACUCGAGGCUGACCACCCCUACCAAACAUGCAUCUCAAGCGAAUAUAUCUACGCUACUAUCCCCCAGGCUUGACUUUCGAGAUGAUGGACGGUCAAAUAUCAUCCUGGCGGGAGAUUCAGCUUCUCGACCUCAAACCAGAGUCAGUAUCUGUAUUGUUCAAGAUGUGCAAUAACUGUUACAAACAAUAUAAUAGCAUAUGCAGCAUUAUCAGCCUCCGUGACUUCCUUGGUGCAGUUCCCAAGUGGACGCCGUGGUGGAGGAGGUGGUGCACACAGGAGGGAGGAGCAGCAGGCCAGCGAGCCAGACUGCACCGCCUAGUAAGUCGCCUGCUGCUUGCCCUACGCACGGACGCCACCCGCACCCACACGCGCCACAGGACUCUCAGGGCACACAUCUUACCCCUCACCAACGUUACACUCAACAAGGCGGCGACUCUAUGCGCCACUGCCAGUUACGACCGCCAGUGCAGGUUGUGGCGGAUUAAGGACGGCGCCUCGGAGACCACACUCAAGGGGCACCAGGACGUGGUCUUCGAUGUGACGUUUGUUGGCAAGUACGAUGAGCUUGUGGCGACCUGCAGCUUCGACGGCACGGUGCGGGUGUGGGAGUCCGUGUCCGGGGCGUGUGAGCUGGUGAUGGCAGGCCAUGAGGGCCCCGUGGCCGUGGUGACUCCUCUGCCAGCCUCCAAGCAGUUCCUGGCCACUGGGGAAUGGACACCUCGGCCAGAGUGUGGGACAUCACCAUGGGUAAUGUUGUUGUUGUUGUUAUUGUUGCUGUUGUUGUUGUUGGUGGUGGUGGUGAUGGUGGUAAUAGUAGUGGUAGUAGUAAUAGUAGUAGUAGUAGUAAUAGUAGUAGUAGUAGUAGUUGUAGUAGUGGUAGUAGUAAUAUCAACAUCACCACAAAAGCUGCAUAACAUCAAAUCCACGCAUCCUGCAGGGGAGUGCGCGGCGGUGCUGGAGGGUCACUCCGGGGCGGUGGUGGGCGUCGGGGGCGACAGGUCAGGACAUCUCCUGUACUCCGCAUCCUUCGACGGUACGGUCAGGCUCUGGGACGGCCGCUCCCACGAAUGUAGCGGCACCUUAAUGGACCAUGAAGGGGAAGUCAACGGGGCAGGACUCAGCUGGUGCGGUCAUUUCCUCGCCUCCUGGGCCACUGACGCCACGGCCCGUGUGUGGGACUUGCGCCACACCUCCAAGCCAGUCCACGUCAUGCGUCACGAUGCUGAGGUGGUGAGUGGAGCCUGGGACAACUGUGGCAGGCAGCUGGUGACAGGCGGCGUGGAUCGGACUGCCCGGGUGUUGCACGUGCCGUCCCUCACCGAGACAGUCCAGCUUGAGGGCCACGGAGGGGAGGUAUCAAAGGUCUGCUUCAGUCCUUCUGGGAGCCGCGUCUUCACGGCGGGGGAGGACGGCCACCUCAGGGUCUGGGACACCACCACUGGUCACUGCCUUCAGGAGGAGCGAGGACACACCAGCGAGAUAUUCUCCAUGGCAGUGAGCUACGAGGGAGACGUGCUGGUGACGGGUAGUAGGGACAGCACGUGCGUGGUGUGGAAACACCGCACCACCGAGGGAACCUAG